AUGAGGAGGAGCCGCUGGAGCCCGUCCGCUCCCGUCAUUGGGAGGAGCAGUCAGACCUGCCUCGCGCCAACUACGAAGGCGAGGAGCCCCCAGAGCCCCUCUGCCCCUGCUGUUACCCGGAGGAGCCGCCGGAGCCUCAGUGGCCGGAUUUCCCCGAGGAGCUGCCAGACCUGCCACCAAGCCCCAGACCAGAGGAACCGAUGUUGCUGUACUGGCCCGAGCCCGGCGUGUUUCGGGCAGGAUACCCCACUGACCAGCAGAGUGGCGGCACCUGACUUGCUGGAUCCCAAAUCUGCCACUCAGAACUCCAAAUCACGGCUAUCGUUUUCUACAAAACCCACAGUGCUCUCGUCACCAGAGGAAUGUGAUUCGGCUAUUAAUGUUAUGAAAUGGAAGACGGUCUCAACGAUUUUUCUGCUGGUUGUUGUAUAUUUAAUAAUUGGAGGUACUGUCUUCAAAGCCCUGGAGCAGCCACGUGAAACUUCCCAAAGAGCCACCAUUGUGAUUCAGAAGCAGACAUUUGUAUCUGAGCUUUCCUGUGUGAAUGCAUCGGAGCUUGAUGAACUAAUGCAGGUCAUUCAUGCAAAAAAGUAACUUGUUCCUAUGUUUUAGAAGAAUGAAUUCUUCUAUAGCAAUGGUUCUGUAAUAAAUGGGACACGCUGUAUCAGCAUUUGAGCUGCAAAUGUAGCAAGAAGGCUAACUUAAGACAGAAAAGUUGGCAAUAUCAUUUUUAAAUGAGGCUUCAGCUGAAAAGUCAUUGCUAAUUGCUUUUUAAUGUUCAGUGUGCAUUAUAGACAACUUUUAAAUUGAAGGCUCCUGUGCUAAUUAAAUGACUAUUCAUUAGCAAUAUGUAUAAUUUAAUAGUUCACAAAGGAAUGGGUGUAUUGAUUGAGCCUUCCUUGCUUUGUCAAUAUUGGGAAAGCAGAGCAAGGCCAACCAUUACCUUAAGAAAGUUCAGAUUUAUCACUACUUUAGCAAACAAUUCUCUCUUUUAGCUGAACAUUUAUUUCCACAGGUUUUUGUUUUAAAUACAGCAAAAUAAUAUUAGCUAGCUAUUUCCAUUACAAAUCUUGUGGGUUUUUUUUGUUUUUUGUUUUUGUUUUU